AUGCGGAUAGAAGAGUCACAAACGAAUGGAAUGUCCGUACAGGGAAGUUCCGGAUACAAACAUCGGAAGUAUAUAAACAUACAAAUAAACGGGAAAGCUCUAAAAAUGCAACUAGAUACAGGAGCGGACAUAACAACCAUUGGUACUAAUCACUGGACACAAAUAGGCAGACCAAAACUACAACGUUACGACAAGGCACGUACUAACGCUUCGGGUCAUCGGAUUCAAACCAAAGGAUUUUUCUGCGCUACGUUCAGCUACAAGAAUAAAUCAUCAAGGGGACCAAUCGUCGUAUUAAAUCGUCCGAAUAUUGCACUCAUUAGCGCACAAGCUAUUGAUGAGCUGGAGUUAGUUACUUACGAUCAGGGAAUUGUGAAUGGCAAAUCUACCGUAAACGAAAUCAAGGAAGUUUCAGUCGAGAGUUAUUGUCCACCUUCGACUCAAACCAGAUGCUCGUCCUGUUUACGCGGCACGCCGUCCCAUAGCUAUCCUCUGGCACUAGAGGAACCGCUCAACGCAGAGCUGGAUCGUCUCGUCAGUAACGGAAUCUUGACUCCGGUGGAAUCAUCUGAAUGGGCUGCUCCCAUCGUAGUUGUGCGAAAGGCCAAUAACAAGAUUCGUAUCUGUGCCGAUUACUCGACUGGCCUAAACCAAGCUCUUAUCAUAGAUGUUCAUCCACUUCCAAAUAUGGAGGAACUCUUAACAAAACUCCGGGGGAAUACAAUCUAUUCUCAGUUGGACCUAUCAGAUGCCUACCUACAUUUGACGCUGGAUGAGGAAAGAGAAGCCUUCAAUUGCGCACACCGACCUCUGACUACUAUUAAUACUCACCGGGGGUUAUUUGCCUACAACUGUUUAGUCUUCGGUUUGAAACCUACACCGGCCAUUUUCCAACAUACAUUGGAACAAGCGCUCACCGAUAUUUCUGGCAUACUGGUCUAUUUGGACGACAUACUGGUCUGUGGCCGAGAUCGUUCUGAGCACGAAAAGCGCUUGCAUGCUGUCUUGAAUCGAUUUCAAGAAUGGGGAUUCCGACUUCGCAGUGAGAAAUGCAAAUUCCACACUUCAGUCGUUAAGUACCUCGGAUUUGUCAUAAGCUCAACAGGAAUCAAGCCGGAUCCAACACGGAUUCAACCCAUCCAAUCCAUGCGUACUCCAAGAGAUACCAAGGAAGUUCGUUCAUUCCCUGGCCUUGUAAAUUACUAUGGGAAAUUUGUUCCAAACUUACAUCGAUUGAAAACAACAUUCGAAAUACUCUUAAAGAAGGAUUUUCCAUUCGCGUGGAAAUCAAGUCAACAGGAUGCUUUCAAAAGGAUCAAACACAUCCUAACGGGACCACUGUUACUGGCACACUAUGAUCCCAAGCAGAACUUAAUUGUUGCUGCGGAUGCUAGGUCAACUGGUAUCGGAGGCGUUCUGUUACAACGUUAUGCAGAUACACAAGUUAAGUCUGUGUUUCACAUGUCUAAAGGCCUAUGUCCACGAUACUAG